CGAACAUGCGAUGGGGAAGCAUGCCUAUCGAUUCAAGUUCGAUGCAUUCCUCGUCCAUCAGGCCCGGCUAGGCAUCCUCACCAUCUCGCUCGACGCAGUACAGGUGCAGAACAUGAUCGCCGUCGACACGGAGAAGGCACAUGGCUCGUUGUCGACCCUGAAGCGGGCCACUAUCUCAUUCCUCGUCACCCAGCGCCCCAGAGACGGGUCUGGGAAUUCGGAAGACAGAUUCCGAGUGGCGUUCCCCGUCUCAGCGCCUAAGCGCCCUCCCAGCGCGUCGCCAACCACAAUUGGGGAGCGCGCGCUGGUCAAGAGUCUGGACGUGGGUAUGGGCAGCCACACCGUCCAGUUCCUACUCCCAUCGAAAGUGCGUUUCCGACGUGUGGUGGCGACACGCUCCGUGUACGCCAUGCGCGACGUUUGCAAGGGUGAGUCUUCUUUUUCCUCGGUGCAGCAGAUUUUGACUUCCGUCGAAGCCAUCCGGCUUUCUGUCUGCGAAACACAGGAGCGAUCAGGCGUUCACCUAAAGCCAAUGUCCCAGGAAUACGACUACGACACUGACAGCGAUAUUGACGACGAUGAUGCAGACGCGGCGAUUGAGGACCAGCCGCCCACUCCUUCGGUCUGCGCUGCAGGUCGGGCCCGCUCUCUGCAUACCUCGUCGCCUUCUUCGGAAGUGUCAUUUGACCUCGAUGUGCUUUCGCUAGGCUCCGUCGGCGACGCCAGCGACGAUGACGCUGGCGAUAUAGCUGCAACUGCCGUAGACGCGCUCGGCAACGCCCCAAGCGCCACGGUCAUCAACAUUAAGCACCAUGCGCACAGGACCUGGAAAGCCUUCGUAUUCUACCUCUACACGGGCAAGGUCGCGUUCAGGAAGCUCUUCUCCGCGGAGGAUGCGGGAAGCAUCACAUCGCCCGCUGCUCCCUUGAAGUGCUCGCCGAAGUCGAUGUAUGCCAUCGCGGAGCAGGCAAAGAUGAACGAUCUGCGCACGCUCUGCAUCCAGGCUAUCAUGGCGGACAUCACGGUCAAGAAUGUCGCCCAAGAGGUCUUCAGCAGAUUUUCCUCGAAAUAUCCUGAGGUCCUGGAAGCGGAGACGGACUUCCUCGUCAAGCACUUGAAGGACGCCGAAUGUGCCGAGGAAGUGCAGCGCGUCAUGCGCAACGCGACUACCAUGCCUCACUGCGGCACUGCUAUCGCCGUGGUCUGGCGCAAGAUGGCCAACUAGGCAAGAAUGCGCAGCUUGAACUCCGUAUCGCUCUUGACCAUCAUCGUUUCGGUAUUUCUUUUCUCACUGUACUUCGUGCUUGCACAAUAGACUUGUCAUCCCACGUCGCACAUUUGCC